AUGAGAAACGAAGAUAAUUCGAAACGCCCUUAUGGGUCCCAAGUUAAUAAUAGGACUAUAUUAGAACAGGUUGGCGAGUAUUUAAGUGCUCAUGUCCAACAGCAGGUUGAAGACAAGCAGUCAGUGCCGGUAGAUAGCAAGGUCAAUACUGGACUGGAUGGAGUACGUCUCCCCAGAGGCGAACCCUAUACUAAUGAGCAAACAAGCUGGAGUCCGGACAAUAUUCUGGGGCUUGAAGAAUUUGACCGAUCAUUAUUGGAAGUGGGCAACAGAGAACUUGACGCUAAGCCGCAUGUAUCUGUUCCAGGGGCGGAUUUGAGCACUGCAGUUAUAGACUUCUCCCUGCUAGACGAAAACCAUGUUCCUGAAUAUGAAGAGAGCGAUAGUCGAUAUCACCAAGGUCACAGUCUUGAUCAUGGUCAGGCUGAACGAUAUAGUUCAAACCAGAAUCUCGAGGAUGAUAUAUUUUCGCCGAUGGUGUCACCGAUGGUUGCUCCAUGGAAAUCUGUUUCUAAUACUCCAUUCUUGAAUGCGAAUACACUCCAUACUACUCAAAAUACCCCGUAUUUACAAACAGAGAACAAGGCUGCAGGUGCUCAUUUACUAAAGGACAAGAAAACCUUCUCUCCACUGUCUUCGCCAGCGUUAAAGGCAGUCAAGGGUUGUAGAUCGAACAGUUUUAGUCUUCCUGAGGCUAGUAUUACAUCUGGAAAGUCUAGGAGCAAGCGAACUCCCCAUUCCACACCUUAUAUGGCCGCAUCAAGUGGUAAGGUUGUUAAACAGUCGCCGCUAGUUGGUCCAAGGAAAGCCCCGUCCCCUCCUAGAAUGAAAUCUUCGGCUUGGGACGAUAUGCUUCGUCUACCGGGGCCUUCUAUAAGCACCCAGUCAACACAACAUUAUGCAGCAUCUCUUGGCAGUGCAUCUGAGGGAACUCCUCACUCUCAUUCUGCUGUUUCUACCUCUUCUAUGGGAACGGGAGAUGAACCACAGCCGAUGGAAGAGCAGCAGCACUCAUCUUCUAUGGUGAAUUUUACACAACUUAUACUGCCUUCCAAUAAUAAUACUAGUAGGACUUCCCCGCCUUCAGAUGGUAAGGCAAUACGGGCAACUGAAUCUGCUGUUUUCAAUGCACGCAAAUAUAGCGUAAACGCAGAUAACGAUGUAAACCAGCCACAUUCCAAAGCAAAUGGCAAUUCCAAGUCAAAUGCGUAUUCUGCUAAGAACUUACAGGACCCUAUGCUAAAGAAACGUGACGCUAGAAGUACUACAGCCGAUAAUUAUCAGAAUGACGAUGAAUAUACAAAAAAAGAAGUACACAAGGCCGCAGAACAAAUCAGGCGAAACAGAUUGAAUAAUGCCCUCUUAGAACUAAACUCCCUCAUUCCACAAGAAAUGAAGGAAACCGUCCAAAUUCCGUCUAAGGCAACAACUGUAGAAUUGGCCUGUAAAUAUAUCAAACAGCUAACUGGUAAGGAGAGAUGA